CUUGCAAUAUCGCCGAUACUAAUCGCAGACGUGGGCAGACGAAGCAGUCUUGUUUCUUGUAGUCUAUUGUAAAUUCUGUUUUGAUGUAGUGUAACCAGAACAUCACUGAAGUUCCUCUUUGCAUAGACGAGUAUUCUAAUUUUAAAAAAAUUCCACGUUGCAUAGAUUGCUGUUUGAGACGUCUAGGAGUAGUGGUUAUGACAAUUAUUGCCUUAGAAGUUUUAUCAAGGCAUCUGUCUAAACGUAUUGUAAACUGUGGUCCCCAUUUUAGAAUGCAUUCAAUGGCAUUUAUUACAGCACCCGAUGAAGAGGUGGCCAAGAAUAUUGCUCGUGGCCUUGUCUCAGCCAAACUGGCAGCAUGUGUCAACAUAAUUCCUAAAAUCACAUCUGUGUAUAAUUGGGAUGGCAAAAUCAAUGAAGAUUCUGAAGUUUUAAUGAUGGUGAAAACAAGAACCUCAGUUUUACCUGUGCUCACUGAAUAUGUCAAGAAGCACCAUCCAUAUAAAGUAUGUGAAGUCAUUUCUACUAAGAUCCUACAGGGGAAUCAACCUUACUUAGACUGGAUACUAGAGUCUGUACCUGAAAAAGUGGUUGAUGAACUAUAGUUUAUCCACAAUUGAAAACAAAGCUGGUGUUCAAUGAAGAAAAAAAAAUUAUUUUCUUUUUUUUAUCUUGCCUUUCCUGUAAAGUCUGGUAAGAUUCCUGUGUGACUAGCUUUCAAUUUCGCCGUUGUCCCACGCAAGAAGUCAUGAGGUUUUAUCCCCUGAAUUUCAUGAAAUAUCUGGGUGUGAUGGAUUUUGACAUUUGUUUUGCAUGAUCAAUGUUAGGAAUGUUAGCAAGGUAGCUUUCCUUGUGCCGCACAUCAGGUACACCCUCAAGCGUUUGCCUAUACAUUCCUUUCAAAGCGGUACAUGCUUUAGUUAAGGAAACAAUUUUUCCUUUUAUUCCUUAUAUUUUAGAAGUUAGACUAGUAAUUUGGAAUUACAUUAUUAAUUAGCCUCUUAA